CCUCCCUCGGAAAUAUGGAAAACAAAACUUUCAAUGCAGAUAUCAUCUUCAUCGAGGGGUUAAAGGUCAGCCCAAAGGCCUCUGUUCCUGCGUUUAUUCUCCUCCUCCUCAUCUACAUCUUCAUCAUGGUGUCCAACAUUGGCCUUGUGGUCCUGAUCUCCAUGGAGAGGAGCCUCCAUGAGCCCAUGUAUCUGCUCUUCUGUAACAUGAGUAUUAACGAUGUGUAUGGGGCCACAACCAUUAUUCCUCGCCUGCUCAGUAAUAUUUUCUCUCCGAUCACAGACCGCUACAUCUACUACAUGGACUGUGUGGUUCAGGCUUUUUCUUCUCACUUUCAUGCCGGCACGUCUCACGCGGUGCUCAUGAUCAUGGCUUUUGAUCGUUAUGUGGCCAUCUGCAACCCCCUGCGAUACGCCACCAUCAUGACCAACAGGAUGGUGUUGAAGCUGUCAGUGGGGGCCUGGCUGGUGGCGUUCAUUUUGGUCGCCAUCCUCAUAGGUCUUACAAUCCGUCUGACUCGUUGCAGAAGGAUCAUAAUAAACCCGUUUUGUGAUAACGCCUCUUUGUUCAAACUCUCCUGUCAGAAUCUCCUAAUCAAUCACAUCUACGGCCUGGGCAGCGCCGUGGUCAUCCUGGGCUCCUCCAUCGGCAGCAUCGCGCUGACCUACCUGAGGAUCGCCAUGGUGUGUUUGAGCAGUAAGAACAAGGUGCUGAACAGCCGGGCGCUGCGAACCUGCACCACACACCUGGCUGUUUACAUCAUCAUGUUGGUGGCCUCUUUCACCCCCAUGAUCAUGCACCGCCGCCCUGAGUGGGCAGACAGCGGGAAAGUGUCGUCGGUCUUGUUCCACGUGAUCCCCCCCGCCCUCAACCCGCUCAUCUAUGGGCUGCAGUGCAAAGAGCUCAGACACAAGAUCAACGGCUUGUUUCAUAAGAAUAAAGUCACAGACGCUAAAUCUAACAUGCACGUACAAAGUUAUCAUAAAUAACUCUUUAAAAAAAAGUUUUAUUUAGUCAAUGCCAUUAACUUCUGUGCAGGUUUUAAUAAUAUGAUACAUGUUUUGUAACCAAAGCUUUAAGUUGACUUUGAGUUCAUUAUUUUUGGUCGGUAGAAGUGCCAGAUCACUGAAUCUGCAGUUUUAAAGCUCGUGAAAUAAAUGUUGAAAAAACAUUUACAUAUAAUGACAUUAUACGACUGAAACUACCUUCAUAGCCUGAUUCUCUAAGGAUCGAUAGUGGUCGCUAAUGGCUCUAAAGACACAUCUCAUUUGCUACUGCUAUCUGCUCAGUCUCAAGGUCUAAUUCACAGAGAAUAUAAUGCAAAGUGUUAUUCAAGGCAAGGCAAGUUUAUUUAUAUAGCACAUUUCAACAACAAGGCAAUAC